AUGAGUUCUUCAAGUACAGAGUCCUUUGAAGUUGAAAUCUCAACCUUAUAUGACUAUUACGAUAAUUAUAACGAUGCUCCCAAACCAUGCAGUAAGGAAAGCGUCAAGAGGUUUGCAGCCUCCUUCCUACCUGUUCUGUAUACCCUAGUAUUCCUGGUCGGGCUCAUGGGAAACGUUCUGGUCAUUGUGGUCCUCUUCAAAUACAAGAGGCUGAAGAGCAUGACUGAUGUGUACCUACUAAACCUCGCCAUCUCAGAUUUGCUCUUUGUUUUAUCCUUGCCAUUCUGGUCUUAUUUCACAAUAGACCAAUGGGUUUUUGGAACUCCCUGGUGUAAAAUAAUUUCAUGGAUUUACCUGGUUGGGUUUUACAGUGGAAUAUUUUUUAUUAUGCUUAUGAGCAUAGACAGAUACCUGGCAAUUGUUCGUGCAGUGUUUUCCUUGAAAGCAAGGACUGCCUUCCAUGGCUUGAUUACUAGCCUUGUUGUAUGGCUAGUAGCUCUUUCAGCCUCAGUUCCAGAACUUGUAUUUAGAGAAUCUUUUAACGAACAUAAUUAUACUACCUGCAAGCCGAGAUAUCCAGGUAAUUUCACAGCAUGGAAACUUUUUUCCACUUUGGAAAUCAACACUUUAGGGCUCCUAAUCCCUUUUAUAGUUAUGACAUUUUGCUACUCCAUGAUCAUUAGAACAUUAGUUCACUGUAGAAAUGAGAAAAAGAAUAAGGCUGUGAGGAUGAUCUUUGCUGUCAUGGUCGUGUUUUUCUUCUUUUGGACCCCUUACAACAUUGUUAUUUUCUUACAACUGCUGGAAAUUAUGGGAGUCAUUAGAGACUGUCAAGUGAGCAGGAAUCUGGACUAUGCUUUCCAGGUAACGGAAAUCCUUGGCCUUUUUCACUGUUGCCUCAAUCCAGUCAUCUACUUCUUCAUGGGGGAAAAAUUUAAGAAGUACCUGAAGAUGCUCUUUAAGAACUGGCGGUUACCUGGAGAUAUUUGUAUGUGGUGUGGAGUUCACAUCACUUACCACACCGAAUCCACCAAUUCAUUCCAUACACAGUCUACAGGGGAUCAAGACGCUCUGUGA